AUGUUAGCAGAUGAACCACCCUUGUCGUUUCUCCCUGAGUACGAUGUCUUCCUAGGAGGAUCGUGUGGAACAACGGUGUGGCGCCGGCAGCUUGUUAUUCCAUUUUUGAAGAAGAAGGCGAUUUCGUACUAUGAUCCUCAAAGGAGUGUAUGGAGUGAAAACAUGAUUUAUGAAGAGAGUAUAGCGAAAGAGAGAUCUUCUCUAUUCCUGUUUGUCAUAGACCCCGCCACUGUUAAUGCCACUUCUUUUCUCGAGAUAGCCUAUUUCGCUGCUAGGAAAUCGCCGAAAUUAGUUGUUGUGUUCCUGGGUAAAGCAGAAUGGAAGCAAAAAGCUCACCCAUACGACUUACCAGACAGAAAUAGGACCUGCAUACUUCUUGACAAAAUAUUAGAUGCCCAUAAUGUUCCGAUGCUAUACAGCAUACAGGACGCAUUAGAUUAUAUCGAGGAAGAAAUUAUUGGAAGUAAGCGAUGGUCGGAGGUCCUAUGUGUGCCUUGUCAACGUCUAUCUUACCUGUCGCUCCGAACAAGGAGAAUGGUUCGGAAUGCUCAUCAUACCGCCCGUGGAGCAUGGCUGCGCAUGCGUUCGUUUGCGCGGAGGGUGACUCUUGCUGGUGUCACUGACAUGGUCAUAUUUAUUGCCUGCCAAAUGGUCGCACCGAAUGUGCCCAUUUAUUUCAUUCUGAUCCCCCUACUCUUGCUCAGCGUUGUUAUUAUAUUUGCUGCUGGAAAGUGGCAGCGUUAUCGUUUACGAUGUCCACGUACUGUUGCUGAUUCUUCCUAUCUCUCACCACGAGCUCUUCCAACACCUCGUUUAGCUACUGUUAUCACGCCAUUCAACCUCAUACAUGCAAAGAGCAGUUGUAGGUGGUUGUACUUUACUUGCACACUUCUUUGCCACAUCAAAACCGUGCAUUAA